AUGACAUAUGAUUAUGGGGCGUGGAGUAGCUACUUACUUCCCUUUCCCCCACCGCGCUACCUUCUUUCCCGGUCAUUGGGCUACUUACCUCCCCCCACACAGCUACUCACUUCCCCCCACCCAGCUACUUACUUCCCCCCACACAGCUACUCACUUCCCCCCACCCAGCUACUCACUUCCCCCCACACAGCUACUCACUUCCCACCACACAGCUACUCACUUCCCCCCACACAGCUACUCACUUCCCCCCAUACAGCUACUCACUUCCCCUCACCCAGCUACUCACUUCCCCCCACCCAGCUACUUACUUCCCCCCACCUAGCUACUCACUUCCCCCCACACAGCUACUCACUUCCCCCCACACAGCUACUCACUUCCCCCCACCCAGCUACUCACUUCCCCCCACCCAGCUACUCACUUCCCCCCACACAGCUACUCACUUCCCCCCACACAGCUACUCACUUCCCCCCACCCAGCUACUCACUUCCCCCCACCCAGCUACUCACUUCCCCCCACACAGCUACUCACUUCCCCCCACCCAGCUACUCACUUCCCCCCACCCAGCUACUUACUUCCCCCCACCCAGCUACUCACUUCCCCCCACACAGCUACUCACUUCCCCCCACACAGCUACUCACUUCCCCCCACCCAGCUACUCACUUCCCCCCACACAGCUACUCACUUCCCCCCACACAGCUACUCACUUCCCCCCACACAGCUACUCACUUCCCCCCACCCAGCUACUCACUUCCCCCCACCCAGCUACUCACUUCCCCCCACACAGCUACUCACUUCCCCCCACACAGCUACUCACUUCCCCCCACCCAGCUACUCACUUCCCCCCACACAGCUACUCACUUCCCCCCACCCAGCUACUCACUUCCCCCCACCCAGCUACUUACUUCCCCCCACCCAGCUACUCACUUCCCCCCACACAGCUACUCACUUCCCCCCACACAGCUACUCACUUCCCCCCACACAGCUACUCACUUCCCCCCACCCAGCUACUCACUUCCCCCCACCCAGCUACUCACUUCCCCCCACCCAGCUACUUACUUCCCCCCACCUAGCUACUCACUUCCCCCCACCCAGCUACUCACUUCCCCCCACCCAGCUACUUACUUCCCCCCACCUAGCUACUCACUUCCCCCCACACAGCUACUCACUUCCCCCCACACAGCUACUCACUUCCCCCCACACAGCUACUCACUUCCCCCCACCCAGCUACUCACUUCCCCCCACCCAGCUACUCACUUCCCCCCACACAGCUACUCACUUCCCCCCACACAGCUACUCACUUCCCCCCACCCAGCUACUCACUUCCCCCCACCCAGCUACUCACUUCCCCCCACACAGCUACUCACUUCCCCCCACACAGCUACUCACUUCCCCCCACCCAGCUACUCACUUCCCCCCACCCAGCUACUCACUUCCCCUCACCCAGCUACUCACUUCCCCCCACCCAGCUGA